AUGCGUGGUGUAUUCCAGAGUGCUUCUCAGAACUGUGUGGGUAUCGAGCGGGUGAUCGCACUCCCAAAGGUCUAUCCUCGGCUUGUUAAUAUCUUAGAAGAGAGAAUAAAGCUUCUCCGGCCCGGAUCGAUCUUAGAUGGCGAUGAAGUGGAUUGCGGUGCAAUGAUCUCAUCGGCCGGCUUUGAUAAACUUGAAGAAUGGAUACAUGACGCGGUCCAAAAGGGUGCAAAGUGUCUUGUAGGAGGGAAACGAUACUUGCAUCCCAAACACCCCAAAGGACAUUACUUUUCACCUACACUUCUCAUCGACGUAACUCCUGACAUGUUGAUUGCACAAAAUGAGACAUUUGCCCCAAUAUUCGUGCUAAUGAAGGCUCGUGAUGUUCAAGAUGCCGUUGAUAUCACGAAUGGGACGGAAUUUGGUCUCGGCGGGUCUGUCUUUGGAAGAAAUAAGAGGGAUCUCCAAAAGGUUGUACAAGAAAUGAAAAGCGGAAUGGUAUCAGUAAACGAUUUUGGGGUUUAUUAUCUUAACCAGUCACUCCCAUUCGGUGGAGUUAAAGGCUCUGGUUAUGGUCGAUUUGCCGGCGAGGAAGGUUUACGGGCUGUUUGUAAUCUGAAGGCAGUUUGCGAGGACAUAUUCCCUAGCUUGUUGAGUACUGCGAUCCCACCGGUGGUAGAUUAUCCUAUUAGAAAUGGAGAUAGAGGUUUGAACUUCACUACAGGAUUGAUCGAGUUAGCGUAUGGAGAGACCUGGAAAAGAACAAUCGGUGGGCUCUGGAAACUGGUCACUAAUUUGUAG